AUGGUUGAUUAUCACUUGGUUAUACUAGUACACGGUGUUUGGGGAAACUCAUCACACUUAGCUUAUAUUGAGAAACAGAUUAACGAAAAUGUCAAACCCACUGAUGGAAGCAGGUUAUUGGUGUACAAGACAGGGUCUCAUUCUGGAUAUCUUACCUAUGACGGUAUUGACGUCAAUGGGAAACGAAUAACCGAUGAGAUAUUGGAACAAACGAAACAAAUCAUUGAUAACGGCGAUGCGGUGACAAAAUUCUCCAUUAUUGGCUACUCAUUAGGGGGAUUGAUAUCCAGGUAUGCCAUUGGUAUUUUACAUAAGCAAGGUUACUUCAACAAGAUUGAACCAGUCAACUUUGUCACCUUUUGCACUCCGCAUGUUGGCGUGCUGAAACCACACACCCAGAAUUUAUCAGUACGAUUGUACAAUAAUAUUGCCCCGCAUUUCUUGGCCAUCACUGGCUCCCAGUUUUUCCUCAAAGAUAAGAUUGGUGAAUUUAACAAGCCUUUGUUGGUAUGGAUGGCAAAUCCAAGCUCGGCAUUCUACUCGGCGUUAAAGCUGUUCAAAUAUAAGGCUUUGUAUGCUAACGUAGUCAAUGACAAGCGUUGCUGUUGGUUCACUUCCUCCAUCUCCUUAACUGAUCCCGUCAAUUCACUGUACAAUAAACUACCCCAGAACAUAACCGCUGAAUAUAUCAAAGACUAUGAGCCCAAUGUGAUUGAUGCUUCUAAACCAUUUUACUAUGAACAAAAAUUUAAGGGACAAACUUAUGGCAAGUCUUCUCGUCGUGGGUUAUUCUGGAAGACGUUGAAUUGGUGCAAGUUAAUUGGAACUAUAGUGCUUUAUGCACCCAUUAUGGGCCUAUCGUUCAUUGUAUCUUCAAUUUACCAACGAAUUCAAACUUUGAAUAGACUUCGUCAUUUUCAUAAUGAAAAAGCAAAUAAUUUAUCCCAUCUAUAUGAAUAUGAUGAAAAGACGUCGUUGUUGACUGAUUUGUCUAAUAAGUUAGAGGAUGAACAGGACACGAUAGUUGAAGACAUGUAUGGAGCCAUGAAUUGGAAAGUGUCUCAUUCGUCUUCUAAUUUUCCACCAAUUACGUUAGAUGAAUCGCAAAAGUUCAUAGUAGAGAAAUUGAACACUUUGGGAUGGAGCAAAUUCCCCAUAAUUUUGAGGCAUACUCCUUCAACUCACGCUGGUGCUAUUGUCAGACAUGCUGAUCCAAAUUUUGAUGAAGGAAAGGUUAUCGUUCGUCAUUUUAUUGACAAUGUUUUCAGGUUAGAAUAG